AGAGUGCUUGAGAUGGUGUGCAAGCAGCUUGGUUGUUUCUGCAUUGCUUUGCAGAGAGACAGUAUUCACCGCCCGUGCGUACAGACGGGUUUAGCGCGCUAGCCGCUUGACUGCGGUUCAAUUAGCCUUCACAGCCCUGGUUGUGAUCACAACACAAAGGAGAAACGCACAGAUGUGAUAUUGACGUGCCACAGCCGCCUGGGCUGUCUUAUAAAGCAAUGGCGCACAACGUAAAUGAAAAUUAACAUUUCUUAAGUAAAUGCAUGACAGGGUUAAUGCAUAAAGUGGACGGGAGGUCUUUUCAGUGACCAUUGCGCCCUCCGGUGGAUUUAAAUUGUCAUUUGAAAUUGCCAGCUGUGGGAAUCGCAGCUGCGCAGAGACGCGUGCAUUUAGCGCGGGGUGUAUCUGUGUACAAGCCCUGCUGAUCCUGGACGCAUUGCAGCCUCAACUCUGUGCAUCAUCUUAACCAUUGAAUCACCUGCUAGCUCUCACAGUCACGCUGAAAAAAAAAGAACUACAGCCCCCAGAAGCCCCCGCGGCACUGUUCCAGCCAGCGCGGCCCUUCAUCACACAGAUCACGCGUCUAGAUCCCGCCCCUUGCUUGUGAUAGGUGCGCGGGUUUGCAAUCCGGCUCCCGAUUGGUCUGCGGCGUGUGUCGGUCCCGGAGGUGCCGCUCGCAGUGACAGGAAGACAGUUAUUAUUUUAGAGUGGAGUGCAGUGUCAGGCCCCUCCUCUCUCUGCCUGUGUGUCUGCGUUCACACUGGGAUCGAGGAUGGAGGUCCCGUCGUACCAGUCCCGACUGCUCGGCGAGCUCAACGAACAGCGCAAGCGUGAUUUCUUCUGCGACUGCAGCGUGCUGGUGGAGGGGCGUCUCUUCAAGGCUCACCGCAACGUGCUGUUCGCCAGCAGCGGCUACUUCCGCGCCCUGCUGGUGCGCUGCCUGCAGGAGCCCGGCCGGCUGGGCAGCACCGCCGUGCUGGACAUCGUGACGGCCGACGCUUUCGCACUCAUCCUGGACUUCGUGUACUCGGGCAGGCUGGAGCUGCGCAGCGACAACGUCAUCGAGGUCAUGAGCGCCGCCAGCUACCUGCAGAUGACCGACGCAGUCAGCACCUGCAAGAGCUUCAUCCGCUCCUCCCUGGAGAUCUGCAGCCGCGAGAGGGAGGGGCUGGCGGACAGCGGCACGGGGGGGGUCUCUGAUGAGCCCAUGCUGCCGCCCGGCUCCGAGAGCGAGGGCUCCACCAGAGGGGAGGAGCUCCCCGGCUUUCUCCCCGUGGAUCUGGCUCUGAAACCCCCUCCUGCCUCCUCCUCAUCUGCGGACAAGCCCAGCCACUCCCCCCCCUCCUCCUGCUCCUCCUCCUCCUGCUCCUCCUCCUCCCUGCUCCUCAUGGGCCUGGCCAACCCCAAGACAGAGUUCGACCCCGAGGAGGAAGGGGAGGAGUCAGUGGAGGAGAAGCCCCCGUUCCACGCCCCGCCCCCGGACGGCGACAGGCCCAGCCCCUGCUCCCAGCCCCCUGGCAGCGACGGCUACCCUGUGAAGCAGUUCCUGGAGGCUCUGCUGAGGGGCGGGGAGCCCAGGAGGGAGGAGCUGCUGCAGCACUUCACCCACAGCCUGGGGGGGGGGAGCAGCGGGGAGGAGGGGGGCGGCUUCUCCACGCCGUCCCUCAUGGAGAUCCACAGUGACUGGUAUGGGGAGGACACAGGAGACGGCCUGAUGGCGUCGGUGAAGCUCCACAGGUGCCCGUUCUGCCCGUACACCGCCAAGCAGAAGGGCAUCCUGAAGAGACACAUCCGCUGCCACACCGGGGAGAGACCCUACCCCUGUGAGACCUGCGGCAAGAGAUUCACCCGACAGGAGCACCUGAGGAGCCACUCUCUGAGCGUGCAUCGCUCCAGCUGGCCCGUCGUGUGUAAGGGUUGCCGGCGCACGUUCUCAGGCAGUGUCUCUCACGGGCUGAAGCGCUUCGGGCUGUGCGACGGCUGCACCUGCGUCACCACCACGCACGAGGACCCUGCCCCCAUCAACCUCAGCCAGUCAGAGGGGGCCGAGCGCAGUGACGGGGACGCCGAUUGGCCCGUCUACAUCGGGGAGUCGGGGGAGGCGGAGCCGAGGGGAAGGGAAGGGGAGGAGCUGGAUGACAAGCACCAGCUGCACAGGCAGCUCUCGGAGUGCGAGGGGUUAAUGUAGGAGAGUGAGGCGGGGAGCGGCGCAUUGAACAGAACGUCUCUCUGAGUCUGACUAGUCCUUCAUGACGUUGCUGACAUUCAGCUACACAACUGUGCCAUAUGAACCAUUAGAACAGGACUGACGCGCCUCAGCUCCAAAUAUAAGAGCAAUCUCUGAAAAACGGUCUGUUCAGUCCCAACCCUAAUAAUAAAAAGAGGUUACAAAAAAUAAAACCCUGUUAGUAUGUGAAAAAGCAGGACACGAUGCAACAGUUCUGUUCCCCAACCCCAAAACUACGAGAUCCAGCUUCUUGAGGCACGGAGACUGAACUGCUCCCUCCCUCCCUCACCCCCUAAGAGAAAGGGGGGCAGGCUUGCGGCACCAAAAUAUUGGGGGAAAAAAAUGAAGAAACAAAACAUGUUCAAACUUUUCUUUUAGGGUGCAAGCCAUCGCUGCAUUGGUUUGGUUUUCAGUUGAGAGAACAGCCAUUCUAGGAAGAUCAGUAACAGUGCAACAUGUUUGUGAAAGUGCAGUACCAUGUGAACAGUAUUUCUGCUGAUUGACAGUGAUCCUGGUUAUUCUGUAUACUUUGUUCUGGUUCUGGUUCUGGUUCUGGUGCAUUGUUCACGUGUAGGUCUCGUGUGUGCAGCCAGGCUCCUGUAGACUAGCCGAGCACAGAGAGGCACAGUGUUAUAUGUAUAUACAGGAUGUAUUGAAAAGAGUCAUUUUGUGAAUUUCCUGUGUGUUUGUUUGUCUGGAGCAAUUGGUUUUGCACUUUGCAAUAAAUACAGUACCUUGCUAA